UUCUCUUAGUUUCUCCUCAAAAAAUUUUUCAUUUUUCUAUUACUCUGAUUUCCUUCUUCAAUCUUUGUUUAUCUCCCGCUCUCUACCUUUCAUUCUCUUUUUCUUCGCCAUAAUCUAUGGGGUCGAGAGCAAGGAUGCAAAGGUGGUGCACGCAAACACUAACGCCUUUAAUGGAAGGGCCUGACCCUGAAAUGCAAGAAGAAGCUGGAAACAAGAAGGAGAUCAGCUCUUGGGAAGUGAUCCGAGAAUGGUUUCGAACACAAAAGGGAUUGUCAGCAAAUAAUUUUUCAAUGUCUUUAUAUGGAAACAUUCCUGCCAAGAGACAAGAUUUAAGGCUUUUGCUUGGUGUUUUGGGCUGCCCUCUCGCCCCCAUUCCGCUCGUCAAUCACCCAAUUCACCACAUUCGGAUCAAAGAUAUACCAAUUGAAACUUCGACGGCGCAUUACAUUAUACAACAAUAUUUGGCGGCUUCGGGAUGCUUGAAACAGCAGAAAUGUGCAAAAAACAUGUAUGCAACAGGAAGUGUGAAGAUGAUUCGUUGUGAAACUGAGAUUUCGUCAGGCAAGAAUGUGAAAAGUUUGGGAACAAGAAGCGGAGAAAAUGGUUGCUUUGUCCUUUGGCAAAUGAUGCCUGGGAUGUGGUCUCUUGAGCUGGUUGUUGGAGGCAACAUGGUCAUUGCUGGUAGCGAUGGGAAAACUAUCUGGCGACACACAUCUUGGCUUGGCACGCAUGCAGCCAAGGGACCUCUACGACCUUUGCGUCGCAUAAUCCAGGACUCUCAUCUGACCAGGGUUCAAACACAAAAAAAUUUCUCUGUCUACUGGGAAACUACCAUUGGAAGUAGCGUUGGAGACUAUAGGGAUAUCGAUGGAGUGUUGAUUGCUCAUCAAGGAAGAUCAAUCGCCACGAUUUUUCGAUUUGGAGAGCUAUCCCUGCAGCACAGCAGGACUCGGAUGGAAGAAAUUUGGAGGAUUGAUGAUGUUGUUUUCAAUGUUCCAGGGCUCUCCCUGGACUCUUUCAUUCCUCCUGCUGAUAUCUUUGAUGAUAAUCUUCAUUCCCCUUCACUGUAA